AUGAAGCUGUUGCAUCUUUUCCUGCCAGUGCUGGCCUUUUGUACGCUGUCAGUGGCGCAGAGCAACAACACGCUCACAUCGCUGGACGGUGUGCCUGUUUGUGCUCAAGUAUGCGGCUUCAUCGCCUUGGCCAAGUCGUACUGCGUAAAUGUACCCCUGGAUCGCAUGAGCGAAUGCACAUGCAACAACCGAGAUAUGGGGGCCGAGACAACCAAAUGCGUCGUCGAAAACUGUACAGUCAAGGAGUCACUAGCCGCACUCCGCUACUCGAAGUUAUCAUGCGGCGAGAAACCGCGCGACGAGCGCCACAUCUACUAUUUUAUCGCCAUAUUCUUCGCCGUUAUGUCGAGCGCCCUUGUUGUCGCCCGGCUCAUCUACAAGGUUGUGACAUUUGGGUGGCUAGAGCUUGGGCUAGAUGAUUUGUUCAUCUCCCUCACGAUUAUAACGGGCGUCAUACCCAGCACCAUCAUCACCACCAAGGGGGCUUUGCCCAACGGGUUGGGGGUAGACAUAUGGGCAGUUCCGGUCGACAACAUCUACACAUUUUUAAAGUUUCAUUUCGUUGUCAGCAUCAUCUACUUUUUGCAGGUCGGCCUGCUCAAGAUGUCGCUGCUCUUCUUUUACAUGCGCAUCUUCCCCGCCAAGGAGAUUCAGCGCGUACUUUGGGGCACUGUGGCCUUCAAUGCCGCCGUGACCAUCAAUUUUGUGCUCAUGAUCGCUCUGCAGUGCGCCCCGAACCCUGAGCUCUUUUGGACCGCCUGGGACGGCGAUCCCCGACACCAGGGCACGUGCAACCUGAGCUUCACCGACGUUAGUCUGGGCAGCGCGGCCUUUAGCAUUGCCAUUGAUGUUUGGAUGCUUGCCGUGCCGAUAUGGGAGUUGAGGAAACUACAGUUGCACUGGGCAAAGAAGCUCGGGGUGGCCAUCAUGUUUGCCACGGGGACAUUUUUCACUGUACUCAGCUGCAUCCGCCUCCGCAUCCUCGCCGACGUCACGCGCACGCUCGAAAACGUCACCUACGACCAACUCGAGAUCUCCAUCUGGUCCUGCGUCGAGAUCACCGUCGGCAUCAUCUGCGCCUGCAUGCCCACCAUGCGUCUGCUCAUCGUCCGCAUAUUCCCGUCGCUGUCGGGCUCCACCGCCCGCAGCUACCCCAUCAACAGCCGCAGCGACGCCAGUAAAUCCGCCUACGCCCGCGCCAGCAGCAGGCGCCAGAGCCACGUGCUCAGCAGCGGCGCCAACGGUGGCAAGGACGCCGAUGACAUGUCGGGCCAACCCCCGUUUCCCCUGCGGACCCUGACUUCGGGCACCACGGUCGGUCACGUUCGGUCCAUGUCUCCCACCUUGUCGAUCCCGCCGGGUGCCAUCAGGAUGGAGAAGGACUUCUCGGUCGUGUCGACGCCGCAGGUUCCACCUGUUGCUGCUGGUCGGAGCAGCAUACCAACAGACUCUGAUGAUGACCAGACCAGGCUUGUUAUCAUGGGAAACAAUGACUUGUCAAGGUCGGAGUCGGUCAGGAGCACUACGAAUGCAAAAAGGAAAUAA